AUGGCAGAUCCAGCUGUUUUGAAGACUUACUUUGACACUGUAGAUAACCUUCAAGACUACUAUGUCGAGAGGUUAAAGGAAGCGGUGGCCAUUAAAAGUUAUGAGUUGGCCGACCUGGGAACUCACGUCAUGGAUGGAAAAACUUUAAAAUUACCACCCGCCAUUCUCGGAACUUACGGCAAUGAUCAAAACAAGAAAACCAUCUUGGUUUACGGUCACUACGAUGUUCAGCCCGCGCUUAUAGAGGAUGGCUGGAGUUCUGACCCAUUUGAAUUGCACGAAACUUCCAAGCAUCAAUUGAUCGGGCGAGGUGCUAGCGAUGAUAAGGGACCCGUUAUCGGUUGGCUUAACGCCAUUGAGGCGCAUCAAAAAGCCGGCAUAGAGUUUCCCGUUAACUUGAAGUUUUGCUUUGAAGGGAUGGAAGAAUGUGGUUCGGAGGGAAUGGAUGAAUUGGUUGUCAGGGAAGCAAAGAGAUAUUUCACGGGUGUGGAUGCGGUCUGCAUCUCGGACAAUUAUUGGUUGGGUGUUACCAAGCCAUGUUUGACGUAUGGUUUACGCGGAAUUUCCUAUUUCAAAAUAACCAUCUCCGGACCUGGGAGAGACCUGCAUUCCGGCGUUUUCGGAGGGACUGUUCACGAGCCCAUGACAGAUUUGUUCUUGUUGUUCAGUAAAUUGGUGUCCCCGUCUGGUGAUAUAUUGAUUCCGGGGAUUAAUGAUAAUGUGGAGCCUCUAACCGAGGAAGAAAACAAAAUCUACGAAUCGAUCGAGUUUUCCAUGAAUGAAUACCAUGAUGCCAUCGGAUCCAAGACUACCAUUUACGAGGAUAAGAUAAAAACUUUACAGCAUCGGUGGCGCUUUCCGUCGCUUACGAUUCACGGUAUCGAAGGUGCGUUCUCGGCACCCGGAACGAAAACCGUAUUACCCGCAAAAAUCACCGGAAAAUUCUCAAUCAGAUUGGUUCCAAAUAUGGAACCCGAUCGUAUCAACGCCUUGGUUGAAAAAUUCCUAACAGAGGAAUUUGCCAAGUUGGGAAGUAAAAAUACUUUAAACGUUGGAUGUGUGCAUGGAGCCAAAGCAUGGGUUUCAAGUCCCAAUCAUUGGAAUUAUGUCGCGGCUGCUAAAGCUAUCGAGAAAGUAUUCAAGGUGCAUCCUGACUAUACACGCGAAGGUGGUUCCAUUCCUAUUACCCUGACUUUCCAAGACGCGUUGAACAAGAAUGUUCUUUUGUUGCCAAUGGGACGAGGAGAUGAUGGAGCCCAUUCGAUUAACGAGAAACUCGAUCGUUCGAACUAUAUCGAAGGCAUUAAGUUGUUCGGUGCCUAUCUACACGAAAUUGCGGCCAUCAAAGCUGAAUAG